AUGUCUUCCAACACACAGAGUCAAGGCUGUCACCAGUGUCAUUCGACGAGUAAUCAGACCUUCAGCUGCAUACAGUGCAACAACUUGGCAUUCUGCGACGACUGCUGGUCGGAAUGGAUACUGCAUAGACCCGGUGCAGUAGGCUAUGACGGUCGACCACACGAAAAGUCCGACCCUAACGUCGUCCGAAUCCUCCGCCAAAUCCUCGAACCUGUCCGUUCUGACUCGGAUGUCGACAACGAGCACCAAGCCGAUGAGGAUACUACAUGGUUUGGAGUUGGACGGGAUGCCUCAAAUCAGCCUGUGCUACAAGAUUAUGGCCGCUUUGCGACGCUUUUGAGUGAGAGCCAGACCCAAGAAGUGGGCGAGAGGUUCCCGUCGCUUGUCUCUUUUAUAGGUCAGACUGCUUCACUUGGAGCUGGGAUAGGGCGCUCGCCACGACCUUCAAGUCGCACCUCCGGGUUCAUUGAAAGAACAAGCAGGCGAGCUCGGAGGAACCGUCACAGCACACAGAGAGACAUAGCUUGGGCUGUUACUCCCGAGACUAAGAAACGCGAAUACGCCGUCAAGAAACUUUACCCAAGGCUGCUCUACACCUUCUCAGACGUCGUCGUAUUCGUACUUAGAAAUCCAAGGGCAUUUGAGUCCACUGUCCUUGAGAAGCUGUUGGAGUGGGGUGCGAGUUCAAUAAACAAAUCUCUAAAUCAACCAGCACUUCCCCAUGCCAUCAUUGUUCUCAACGCCACUGAGAACGUGGACGAAAGUGAGUGGGACAACGAAAAGGCAACUCAACAUCUUCUCGAUGGUAUUCGUGGAGCCAUCUUCCGUGAACCAAGGUUCGAGGAUCAGGCACGUUUCUGGAGAGAAAAUGGUAAGAAGAUCGAGACGACAAAAGAUUUACUAGAAUGCUACUAUGCGUCGAUCACGACCGUCCGAAUUCCCGCGCGGGGGAGAUACAUGCUCAUGGACCAGCAGGUGGAGAAACUCUUCAUGGUCGUGCGCAAUAAGAGCGAGAGUUCGCUGCUAGCCAAGAAGAGAUCACGCAUGUUGGCCACCGCUGAGAAGCUCCAGGUUUACCUCCAGGCUGCCUACGAUCACUUCUCCAGAAAUCUUGACACGCCCUUUGACUUCAUCAAAGAGGCCCUGAAGCACAAUCCUAUUCCGCGAGACUUUGGGGGAAACAUCCUAAAUUUGGCGAUUUCAAUUCAGAAAAAUGCUAUUGAAACCACAGCGGGAAACUCUGCAAGAAUCUUCGACCAGAUGGCGCCGAUGAUUGCAUCGUGCAUCAUGCUGGAUUCUGUGCGACAGAAUCUGAUGGGAACUACCGUCCAGCUUUUGAACGAUGCCUAUGUCGAAUACUGCAAGUUUGCUCUCGACCAAUUCAUCCACCUCUACGCACCUUGCGCUUAUCACAACCCGCGCCACGGAAGCUGUUGCAACGUGAGAUCUGGACACGACCCGAAAGGCCACCAAAACAAAGAUGGAAGGAUCAUCGACGCAGGGGGCUACCAGUACCCAUUCGACCCAGAUGAGUUCUUCGAUACAUGGGUGCACCAGAUAAAGAAUGAACUCCAGCAUCUUCAGAGCCAAUUCUCCAACCUGACCCACACCCUCCGUGAAAGAUCGGACCAGGAAAUUGCUGCUGAGCUUCACCUGAACUGUCUGAACGAAUUUUACCGGUUGCUUGGGGACUCCUCGCGACAUAUGCUUUGGGAUCCGCCCUGGAAUGUAUUUGUCAAGCCACCGUAUGCAGGCGUGCGAAUGCUAUGCCUCGAUGGCGGUGGAGUGCGAGGCAUAGUCGAACUGCAAGUGCUCAAAGCUAUAGAGAACUGUCUUGGUGGCAAGCUCCAGUUGCAGUUGUUCUUCGAUCUCAUCGUUGGAACGAGUACCGGAGGAAUCAUUGCCUUGGGUCUCGGAGUGAAGAAUUGGAGUGUGGAUCAAUGCACCCAGAAAUUCAAAGAGUUAUGUCCCAAGGCGUUCACUCCACGUGAAUUCAACGGCAUUCCCUUGCUUGAGCAGCUAGCCAUGAUGAGCCAUAGAAGCAAGUAUAAGACGAAACCAUUCGAUAAGGCCUUGAAAGAGGCAUUUGAGGAGUGGCCGCUUUUUGGAGGACAGAAUGACCUCGGCGAGAUGUUCACGAAAGUAGCCGUAACAUCGACCACUGCAAUCCAGCAACAUCCAGUUGUCUUGGCAAAUUACAACAGGCCAGAGACUUUGAGCCACGACUCAUCGCGUUAUGAGUUCCUGCGAGCUCAAGGACCGGCAAAGGAAUUCAGGAUCUGGGAAGCAGCUCGGGCUACUUCCGCAGCGCCGCCAUUCUUCAAACAGUUCCUUAAGGAAGACACAAAGAACAGCUAUCUCGACGGAGCGCUCUACCAUAACUGUCCUGUCUGGGUAGCCCACGAUGAAAGACGACGGAUCUGGGUUGACGUCGCAGAUGCUAUGCCCGAUAUCCUCCUUUCUAUAGGCACUGGCACUGACUUUCGCGAUGGAGAAAGCGGACUUCCUCGUCGAUCUAACACGUCUUAUAUGGUGGCCGAUGAGAUACCCACUACGAAGCCAAAGCCGCAGAAAACUAGGAGCUUCUUCCCAAUGGAGCUAUGGAAGACUGUGAUGGACCGCCUGGGAAGUCUGAUGAAGUGCCACGAGAUCUGGAACGGGUACGUUACCGAAACCUCGAUGUCCCGUCAUGGCCGUCUAGGGGGCCAUCGCCGUCUUAUCCGGAUCGACCCCGAUUUGCGUGGCAAAGUACCAGCACUGGAUGAUGUGGACGAGAUGAGGCACUUGGAGAAAGCCGCCAAUCAAUACCUGAGACAGAGUCCUCCAAGUUGCAAAAUUAAAGAGAUUGCCCACCGACUGAUUGCGAGCACGUUCUUUUUCGAGAAAGACAAGAGCUCUGUACGCUCCGUUCCUAAGGGCGGUUUCGAAUGCUCCGGAGCAAUCUUUUGCAGAUUCGCGAAUGGGUCUGAUGAGAUGAAGGCUCUCGGAGAAUUUCUACGCAAUUGUCUCCGCAACGACUUUUCACCAUAUUUCAUCGUACAAGAAGACGGGACAAAGAAUGUCGAAGAAAUCAGGCUUCCGGUGGGAGAGAACUUGAUAACAGACAUGUGCUUGCGCGGGUCUUUCAAGCUGAACAGAGUACACGUAUUCGUCUCGAAAGAGCUGGCCAUGACCACCAUCUCCCUAUGCCUAACGGAGGAUUCAUAUCCCUCCUCAGUCAAUUCUUUCCUGCCCAUCAGCGGCUUCCCCCGCGAGUUGGUCACAGAGGAUACGAAGAACCACGCGUCGCCACCUCGCAUCAGAGUUGAGCGGCAUAGCGCCGACUACCGGAAGUCCACUGGCCCUUUGCGAUUCAUGAGUUUCAGGGACCGAGUUGAGGGGAUGCCCCAGAGCGCAACCCCGAGCCCAACUUUGGUCGAUUCUCCAAGCAGCAUAAAGAGUCCGACUCAAAAAUCGCUGUCUUCGAAAGACUUGCGGUCAGCCUUCAAACAAAGCGCAGACCAUCCGGAGAGGCCAGAGCGGCCAGAGGAUGUAGGACGAUGGGCGAAGCAGAGAGCCGAGCAGGAUCUGAGAAGGGAUGGCUUUGUCGCUGAACUUGAAGGGUAA